CCUCCUUCACCCCCAAUUUCUGCCAACUCCCGAGACGGCUUCGUUGCCGCUGGCCAGACUUGAUCCUCGACGCCCUCACCCUCCGCUCCUCGCCUCUGGACCGCGCCCCGGCGUGCCCUCCACUGGCCUCUGCUUCCGCAUCCGCGCCGCUCUGCGAUUUUCCCACUGCCUGGCCUUGACGUGUGCCCUGCUUAAUCCCGGUGGCGGGCGCUUCUCGGGCCACCUCUUGUGUGCAUGCGCCGACCGCCUCUGCGCUGGCAACCCAACCACCAAGGCAUUGAACUCCAUCGCAUCUCUCCCCGCGAGCCUGCGGCCUCCAUCGCCGUCGCUGCGUCACUGCUGGCGCCACCAUCGAUCGGCACUUAGCGACAACCGUCGGCCGCCAGCGACGCACAAGCAUCGCCGAGUCCCUCGCCCACGCCUGUCGCUUCCCGCUCUCGCAUCCCGGAAAUGGCAAACCAUCACCCAUCGCCCACCAUGAUGCAGAUGCAGCAUCAGGCCCAAGUGGCCCCUCCGCAGAAUGUUCAGCCUGGCCAUUUCGCACCCGCGCACCAGAUAAACGCUAUGAACGAGGCUGUCUGGCUGCAGAUUGGGAGUUUCUCAGAACUGCUUCGUGUCCCCGACGAGGCCAUGCAUGCCUACGAGCGCGCCUUGCAAGCCAACCCCAGCUCGACUGCCGCCAUGAACGCCAUCGGCAUGCUUCUCAAGGGCCGUGAGGCCUUCGACAAGGCCCUUGAGUUCUUCCGGGCCAUUGUUCAACUGGAACAGAACAAUGGCGAGGCUUGGGGAAACCUUGGACAUUGCUAUCUCAUGACUGAGAACCUCCAGAAGGCGUACGAUGCGUACCAACAGGCACUCGUCAACCUUCGUGAUCCCAAGGACCCAAUGCUUUGGUAUGGCAUCGGUAUUUUGUAUGAUCGUUAUGGGAGUUACGAUUAUGCCGAAGAGGCCUUCUCCCAAGUCAUGCAAAUCCAGCCCGACUUCGAAAAGGCGAACGAGAUUUAUUUUCGCCUCGGAAUAAUCUAUAAACAGCAGUCAAAGUUCAACCAGAGUCUUGAGUGCUUCAAGUACAUCGUCAACUCUCCUCCUGGACCGUUGACCCAGGAGGAUAUUUGGUUCCAGAUUGGCCAUGUGCACGAGCAGCAGAAGGACUUUGACAGCGCCAAGGCCGCCUAUCAGCGUGUGCUGGAUCAUUCACCCAACCACGCCAAGGUCCUGCAGCAGUUGGGCUGGCUGCACCAUCAACAGAGCACCGCCUAUGAAACACAGGAUAGGGCAAUCCAAUACCUGGAGAAGUCUGUCAGCGCUGACAAUUCCGACGCCCAGAGCUGGUAUCUGCUUGGCCGCUGCUAUAUGUCGCAGCAAAAGUAUCCCAAGGCGUAUGAGGCGUACCAGCAGGCUGUCUAUCGGGAUGGUAAAAACCCCACGUUCUGGUGCUCUAUUGGAGUGCUGUACUAUCAGAUCAACCAAUACCGUGAUGCUCUCGACGCCUACUCGCGCGCCAUCCGCCUGAACCCGUACAUCUCCGAGGUUUGGUAUGACCUUGGCACACUGUACGAAUCGUGUAACAACCAGAUCGCCGACGCUCUUGACGCGUAUCAGCGUGCCGCUGAGCUUGACCCCGGCAAUCCUCACAUCAAGGCCCGUCUUCAGCUCCUCCGCUCCGGUGGAAACAAUGGAGGCGCACCCCCGGCGCCCCAGCCGGCCGACGUUCACCCACACGCUUAUCAGGCCGCGGGUCCUACCGGCCCUGUUGGACCUCAGUGGGGAGGCUCUACCCAGCAACCUCCGUCUUCGGGUCCCCCGCCUCCGCCUGCCGGCGCCGGCGAGAAUUGGGCCCGGGGCUUGUCAAAUGUCAACCCGCCUCCGCAACCACCGAACCCCUAUGACGGCCGGGAGCAGUUCCGCGGGCCUCCUCCGCCUCCCCAGCGACAGCCCAGCCCUCAGCAGGAACAACAAAUGCGACAGCAGCAGUAUCCCGAUGCAGGCCGCGGGGGCCCCGGCCCCGCGCGUCGUGGGCCGUCUCCCGCACCUGCCGGUCAUCAGUAUUCGCAGGGUCCGCCGCCUCCUCCCCCGUCGCAGCAGGGGCCACCCCCGCCGCCGGGUGGUGAUCGCCGGGUUGUCAACCCCCUCUGGAGUGGUGCCUCUCCAUCCCACGCCGCGAAUGGAGCCAACCCUCCCCCCAACGGCAUGGCUCCCUUCCGGCCCAACAACAGCCCUCGCGCUGAUGGUCGCGGCGCUCAUGAAAACCGCAUGCCCUCUCCCAAGUCCGCGUAUCCCCAGCACCAACCUCCUCCGCCAGCCUAUCCUCACCACCCAGAGGCUCCGCCCCAGGCUGGAGCAGAGGGUGGACAGGCUCCAACAGCUGGGCCGCCGGAGAACCCCGCUCAGCGUCUGGAUGAUCGUCCACCGUCUGUUGGCCCAAAGCGGAUGCGUGAGUGGGAGGAGGAGAGCGCGGCCAAGAAGCAGGCGAACGAGGAGAACCGCGCUCGCCUUGAUGAUAUGAGACAUCGACGGCCAUCGACUCCCCCUCGUGACGCCUACCGUCGCAACUCAUCCGAGUCCCGUCGCAUUGACGAACAGCGCCGGGUCGAGGAACCGCGGAAGGUAGAGGAGCGCCGGGCAGCCAGCGAUAGCUAUCAUCCGUCGGAGGCUGCGCAUCACCCUCAGCCAGUUGGCCCCAGCCAGCUUCCACCCAUGCAACAAGCCGCGGAACCCAUGCAAGGCGUUUCGCAAGAAAAGGCGUCUGCAGGGCCAGCCCCAAAGGAGGAGCGGCCCGCAGCCGAGCAGUCCGCUCCCGCCCCUGCAGCCCCAGCCUCUGCUGAGCCCGAGAGAGCGGCGAGGACGAUGGAUGUUGACGAGGACUACGACGACAGCGGCGAAGACGAUAAGAAGGCAGUUCUUACCAAUGGGUCCGCUCCGGCUCCUGGCUCGGCUGACGGGAAGACAACGACGCCCACCAAUGCCGGCGUCAACGGCUCCUCAGCCACGGUCCCCAAGACGGAGUAGGGCAUGAAAAGGUACGGCUGAUUUUGACGAGUUUCUGGCUUCCCCUGGCGGCUGCACUUGCAUCGCUUAAAAUGUAAUUCCCUUUGUCACGUGGAGUUCGGCCGACGGCCUUUGGUGACAGGGUGGUUGGUUUGGUCUUUAUGAGGUCUCUUUUGGCUACACAGCCAAUCGCGUACGAUAUCCGUUACUGUAGGUAGUUACACUCGGCAGCUUCUCAGCAACUCGAUGGAUUUAACUCUGAAUGGUGGGGCCCGUAACGUGAAUGCG